GAUAGGCUUUUGCUGUGCUCAUUCAUUUAAAGGAGCCUUUCACCUAAAUGCACGUAAAAAGCUUGUAAACAUUGCAUGAUAAAUGCGCUAAAGGUUUUGGACGCUAGACUGUGCCGAGGUGAAUUUCGAGGUUGUCUGGUCAACAAUGAAGAUGCAUUACUCCACCCUUCUUGGUUUGUUCAUCCUGUUUUCUGCUCUGUCAAGCUCUUAUGCUGGUAAAGUUCUGGUCGUCCCUGCGGAUGGAAGCCACUGGAUCAAUAUGAAGAUCCUCAUUGUGGAAUUACAUGCAAAAGGUCACAAUAUCACAGUAGUCCGAGGUUCUAGUAGCUGGUACAUUACGGAACAGUCUCCUCUCUACACUUCUAUUACUGUAGACACUGGUGCAUUUGACGAUGACUUCAUGGAGAAGUUUCUCCCUCACCUACUUAAAAUGCAGAGACAAGGUAGAUCAUUUUGGAAUGAAAUAGCACUUGUUGAUGAAGUUUAUAGGAAAUUUACGGAGUUUCAUCAGCAAAUAUGCAAUAUGACAGCUGCCAUGUUUGAAAAUGAGACCUUGAUGAAUUCUCUGAAAGAUACUGCAUAUGAUCUUGUUCUCACGGAUCCUGCUUUUGGAGGUGGAGUGUUACUGGCACACCGUCUUGGCCUUCCUCUUGUGUUUAAUGUCCGGUGGACUGUGUACGGCGAAGAACAUUUUGAUAUUGCUCCAUCUCCUCUCUCAUAUAUACCUGUUAUAGGGUUACAGCUAACUGACAAGAUGACAUUCAGUCAGAGAGUCAUGAACGUGUUGGCAUAUAUAAUGAUUCUUUAUAAGCAUUCCAAGUACUUAGGUUCUCCUUACCAAGAGUUCUCUCAGAAGUAUUUUGGCCCCAAUGUUGAUUUCUUCUCCCUCCUCCAGAAUGCAGAUAUCUGGCUCAUGAGAAAUGAUUUCAUUUUUGAGUUUCCACGACCCACAAUGCCAAAUGUUGUCUACAUGAGUGGCUUCCAGUGCAAACCAGCUAAGCCACUUCCAGAUGAACUUGAGAAGUUUGUGCAGAGCUCAGGAGAGCAUGGGGUCAUCAUCAUGACUUUAGGAACUGUUUUUGGUCAGCUUCUGAGUGAAAUCAAUGAUGAGGUUGCUGCAGCUUUUGCUCAACUGCCUCAAAAGGUUAUUUGGAGACACACAGGACCACGACCUGCCAAUCUUGGUAAUAAUACUCUGAUUGUUGACUGGAUCCCACAGAAUGACAUGCUUGGACAUCCUCAAACUAAACUGUUUGUAGCACAUGGAGGCACCAAUGGAGUUCAGGAAGCCAUCUACCACGGAGUGCCUAUUGUGGGCCUUCCUUUAGCUUUUGACCAACCUGACAAUCUCUCCAGGAUGCAAGCAAAAGGAACAGCAAAAAAUGUAGAUAUUGCAACUUUAGACAGGACUGUUUUUCUUGAUGCAUUAAAGGAGGUGUUGCAUAACCCAUCUUACAAGGAGAACAUGCAGAGACUGUCCAAGCUGCACCAUGACCAGCCAAUGAAACCUCUUGAUCGUGCCGUCUUCUGGAUUGAGUUUGUCAUGAGGAACAGAGGAGCUCCUCAUUUACGAACACAGUCUUUCAGAAUGUCCUGGAUUGAGUACCACUCUGUAGAUGUUAUUUUGACUUUAAUGGUGACACUGUUGAUAUUUGCAUUUGUGACAGCUUAUAUAAUGAGAUAUUUUUGUAUGGUUUUAUUCAGAAAGAAAGUAAAACAUGAGUGAAGUACUGGCUGGAAAUAUCAGUUCAUUUGUGAUAUUUCCUUUAGUUAGAUUAUUUCCUGACAGCAUGUGCUUUCAUGAAUCUUUAAGUAUAAUAAGUUUUUUGCUUUUAGUGUAGAACAAUCCAUAGUAUUAGGACUUGCUAUAGCCAAAUACCAGUCACAGAUAGUACAAGGGCUAAAAUCCAUCUCCUACAUUAUAAUUAAUUUCAUCUUUGUGUUAUGAUUGAGUCAGCAGAACUGUGAAUGACCUCUCGGUAGCUUUCGCUGAAACCUUAUCUGACAAAGUACUAUGAGCACAAUACAAUAAAGAGGCAUCUGAUCAUGUGUACGUU